AUGCUAAUGUCACUUCGGAAUUCGCAGAAAACUGUCGUCAUCUUCCAGUAUCCACCAAAUUCAUUCGGACUGCUACGCAAGGCGAUCGUCUUGCAGUCCUACAGUCCAGUCCUAUGUGAAUGCCAGAAACUGGCCCAAAGUCAACCGCCAUUCUUGUCUGUGCCACUACCACAACCGCAGAAAUACCGUGACGACAGUCAAAGGAUGUCUGCUAACUGCAUCCCGCAUAGCCAAACAAAGAUGAAAAUGCUUGCAAAAAGCUUUGUCUAUUGGCCUACGAUGAAUCCCAACAUUGAAAAACUCCCCAGGACUUGCCCAAGAUGUGUAUCUGUGGCAAAGGAUCCGGUCAAAGCCGAACUACGGUCAUCGCCGAAAUCGCACUCACCGUGGACUCGAGUUCAUGCUGAUUUCGCUGGACCGAUGGAAGAACGACACUAUUAG